GAUACAGCAUGGCGAUGAAAAGUGUAAUUUGCAAUGGCUUCUACUGGUAUGUUUGUUCUUAUCAUCUGGGUAAACGACGAUCCUAUCAAAGGCAACGUUGUGAAGGUUACUAACAUCGCCGAGCCACGCAAAGCCUUCAAUGAAUACAGUGUCGGUGAGAAAGUAACAGCAAAGUGCCCUGGUUUUCGUGGUGUACACAACGGUGUUAUUGCAAUGAUUGGUUCUUUAGAAGAGAAGCAGCAGCUGGAAGACUGUCUGAAAGGUGGCCAGUUUAAUCAGCUUGUAAAGACGUAUGUCAACAAAGACCAAGAGGAAAGAACAGAAAAGAUCCCCGACAAGGUGUUUAUCUUAAAUAUUGCAUGGAAGGUCAAACACCAAGUGUAAAGUGUUUUUUCAGGGUUCACUUUGACUAUGAUCAUUAUCAUAAGUUACCAUAUUAAGCUCUUUAAUAAACAUCAUUUCAUUUUUGUCUCUUGUGGAACGUUGUC